AUGACAGCUCAGUGUUGUGCCGCAGCUACCGUCGUCUGCUGCUGCGUGGUGCUGCUCGCGGUGGUGUCGGUGUUCGCGCCGCGCGCCGAAGCCGCAGAAGUGUACCGGGACUGUGGCGGCGUGUUGCGCGGACCCCGGGGUGUGAUAAGCACUCCGGGCUUUCCCCGGCCUUACCCCGUCCCCAUCGCGUGCAGAUGGGUGCUCGAGGCGGCCCCGCGGCAGCGGGUGGCCCUCUAUUUGACGCAGUUUUACAUGCGCGAGGGUGUGACCGUCUCGGAGUACCUCUUCUACUCGGACGAGCAGCUGAACAUGGGCGGAACGUUGAUCGGGUCCAUCACGUCCGAGUCCGAGCCCACGCAUGUGUUGAGCAACAAGCCCGUCAUGGUCAUCGACUUUCAGGUUCGCGAGCCUGGCAACAUUCAUCACCGGGUGCUGGACCUCUUCCUGGACGUGUACGGCUUCAACCUGACGUACGAGAUGCUCGAGGUCAACGAGAGCAUGCGUGCUGACCCCUGUCUCGAACACCACUGCUCCUUCACGGGUGUGUGCCUGGCCGCGGCCGACUGGAGCCGUUACAGCUGCACCUGCCUCGGCGACUUCUACGGCGACGAAUGCCAGUUUUCGCCACGCUGCGGUCCCGACAGCAGCGGCAGUGCCGGUCGAGCGUCCUCCUCCCUCUGUCACAACGGUGGCACCUGCCGGUCAGUGAACUGA